CUAGGCAUACCGAUAGGGAUAUUGGUAAACAACGUUGGAUGCGCCUAUUGUCCGGAUGAACUUUGUACUCAAUCUGAGGAUUUGCUUUGGAAUAUUAUUUACGUAAAUGUGGGCGCGAUUACCUUAAUGUCCCGCAUUGUAAUACCGCAAAUGAAGAAACAGGGAAAAGGGGCUAUAGUGAAUAUGGCGUCAUGCGCGGAAUUACAGCCAUUGCCUUUGUGGGCGGUUUAUGGCGCCACGAAACAUUAUGUAAGAUCGUUAAGUUUAGCGAUGGAACGCGAAUUGUGUGCACACAAUAUAAGCGUGCAGUGUGUGACACCGGGAUUCGUUUCCACCAAAAUUAUUCAGUGUCCAGAAAACUGUUCAGGUAAAAUGUUUGCAACUCCAAUGGAGACGUAUACACGCUCGGCUGUCUUCACAUUGGGUAAAACUCAGGAGACGACGGGCUAUUGGACACACGCUAUAAUGUUCUUUGUUGCAAAAUUAUUCCCGGAAUGGUGGCGCAUAAGGGUUUUUCAUAUUAUUAGCGAUUAUACUAGAAAAGCAUGCCUAAGAGAUCAGCUGAAAGGGAAGGAAAG